CAUCGACACUCUAUACAGUAAUUCUAUUUGAUACAUCAUGGGAGAAGAUAAACCCGAGUAUAGAGCCAAUGAGUGCUAUGAAGCACUGCUCGAUCUCAAGAGCAUCUUUCCUACAUGGAGCGACACACAAAAUAAUUUUAACUACCAUUGGAGUGAUGUAUUGACAUCAACCACAAAAGGAGCAGAAUCUGAAAAACAGACUGUUCAGUUCUAUCUCGAUGCUAUGAAGCCACUAAUUGAAUCAAAAGGUGAAGGAAUCGAAGCACAAACCGCAAUUGAUAUUGUAUCUAAACUAGACGAACGUAGAAAAGAACGUGAUAAUACUUUUACACCAUACAAACUAGAAGAUUUGUUAAGCAAAGAUACUAGUGCUAUCAAACCAAAACCAAUCGUCAAGAAACAGCCUGCGCCUAGAAGACCAGCUGCUGAAAUAACUUCAGAUGUAAUAUCGGAAGGAGGACAUGCAUACGGAACUAGAACACGAUCUAGGAAGCUAAGAGCAAGUCAAACAGAUGAUGGAGAUGGAGCUAAAUUGGAAUACAGCUCAUCAGGAUUUGGAACACAUCUCAAAAAAGGAUUCUUCUCAGACUACGUUUGGGAUUUCCUCGUACCAACAGGUGAGGAAAAUGAAUAUGAUAAAGAAACUGAACGCGACCCAGCGGACAAUAUAGAGCUAGAAGACGACGGCACACCAAAAAGAGCUAAACGAUCAAGGAAAUAGAGAUUAUUAGAUUCAGCCCUUGGAUGGCCGCAAUAUUUUAAAUACCUGCCGCAGUUUAUGCUGCAUACGCGCAGACAUAAUAUACACAUCGGAAGAUGGAACACCUAAAAU